AUGGCUAAGAAGAAAGGCAAUGCCGCCGCGAAGGCUGCUAAGAAAGCUAAAAUUGAAAAGAAGUCAGCGAAGAAAGAAGACAAAGCUACCAAGAAGGGAAGUCAAGACGAUCAAGACGAUCAGGAUCUAGAGACGAUUCUUGAGGAGAUGCGAAAGGAAUGGGAGGAGAAACAUCGUGUUACCGAAGAGACCGUCGAGGGUCCCCCAAGCCGAAGAGCCAAUGCGACGUUCACUCCUGAUCCUAACGGAAACUAUCUCUGGAGCAUAGGCGGGGAAUACUUCAGUGAUGAUGGGAAAGCGUAUUUCUAUAAUGACGUAUACCGCUAUACACCGGAAAAGGAUGAAUGGCGUCGAUACACGUCGCCGACAUGCCCCGGUCCGCGGUCAGCCCAUGCCACGGUAGGCAUGCCGCAAGCUGGGGGAAAGUUAUUUCUCUUCGGUGGGGAAUUUUCCUCUUUGAACCAGACGUCAUUCCACCACUAUCGUGACUUCUGGCAAUUCGAUAUACCAACGGGCACAUGGGAAAGAAUCGAAACGAAAGUUCGACCCACAGCUCGAUCGGGCCACAGAAUGGCGGUGUGGAAGCACCUGAUUGUCCUUUUUGGCGGGUUCUACGAUCCCGGCGUCAGGACCGUGUAUCUCAACGAUAUCUGGCUGUUUGACACACAAACGUAUAAAUGGCAAGAAGUAGAGUUUAGGGAUGUUGAUCGAAAGCCUUCACCGCGAAGUGGUUUCUCUUUCCUUCCUGUACCAGAAGGCGUGAUACUGCACGGCGGUUAUUGCAAAGAGUAUGUGAAGGGCAAACGAGCGCACGGUGUUGCGCUGGAAGAUAAUUGGCUAUUACGAAUGGACGCUGAUCCAAAAUUACUUAAAUGGGAGCGACGCAAGAAAGCCGGACAUCCACCAUCAGCCCGGUCAGGUUGUACCAUGGCAUGGUGGGCCAACCGUGGCAUGGGAAUUCUGUUCGGAGGUGUAUUUGAUAAUGAUACGGACGAGGAAACACUGGAGAGCACUUUCUACAAUGACAUGUACGGCUAUCAAACAUCCGGGAAUGGCAAAUGGGUUUCGCUGAUGCUCAGGCGACCCAAAAAGGCGGGCGGGCGGAGAAAAAGAGUACCCGAGGUCACCCUAAAAACACCGGCAGAGCAGGAAGAUGCUCAAGAGGAAGGGCAUGAUGAGGUUGAGGAGGACGGUGACGCCAUCGAUGUUGAUGAAACACCUGUUUCACCGAAAGUGGUCAUACCGACCCCAAUUGCAAUACCAGACGUAGUGACUUCUCCGAUCGAUGAUGAUCCGUAUGACCCCGAAGACACCCUUCCUCCUCCAAGGUAUAAUGCUAUGCUUGCCGUUCUACGGAACACCCUCUUCAUUUAUGGUGGCAUCUACGAAUCUGGUGCCCGCGAGUACACGCUAGACGAUUUUUACGCUCUCCAGCUCGACAAGAUGGACCGAUUCUACUGUCUGCGGCCGAACACGAUCGUCUUCGGCAAUGAGGAAAGCAACGAUGACGACAGCGAGGACAGCAGUGAUGUGGACAGUUUGGAAUUGAAUGAGCAAGCAGAUGAGGAUGAGGAUGAAGCUGAAGGAGAAGAGACAAAAGACCAGCUCAUGGAAACAGAACCACCGGACAAGGACAUCCGUGAAAAGGCGACCGCGUUCAUGGGUGUGAGCAUGGAUGCUACGCGCUCCCCUGAGGAAGUCAUCAGCACACCUCUUCCUGGAGAGACGAUUGCUAUGUUUUACGAUCGGUCACGUACCUAUUGGGCACAGAAAGCCUUGGAGAUCACCCAGAACCGAGGCAAACAAGGUCGGCGUGACGGUUUCGAACUCGCGCAAGAGAAAUAUGCGUCAUAUAAGCCGCUCUUAGAGGAGGUUGAAAGGAUUCUGGCGGAAGCCGGACUGGAUGAGGAAGAGAUCAAGCGAAGUGCUGCAGGGCCGAGCGCUUCCGGAGUGAGCAGGAACAGACGAUAAUGUAACGAUUACAUGUAUGCAAUAGUAUGGCGUG